CCCCCAGCUGGGGCUCAAGGGGCACUCACCUCUGCUCCCUGCUGGGCCCCCGCCUCCGAGGGUGGAGCCGGGCCGCCCCGCCUGCACACCUCCAGCUGCACAGGUGGCUGGGCAGGGCCUGGAAACAAAAUUAUAAGAGCAACACCUUAAAAAAAAAAAGUCCCCUCUCCUGGACUCCCCGCUCGCCAGUCGCCGGGAGCCCUCGGAGCCGCCACCAUGGGAAUGUCCAAGUCAUGGAAUUGCUUUGGCUAUCCCUUGAGCAUCUUCUUCAUCGUGGUCAAUGAAUUCUGUGAAAGAUUUUCCUACUAUGGAAUGAGAGCACUCCUGAUUCUGUACUUCAGCCGGUUCAUUGGAUGGGACGAUAAUCUGUCCACGGCCAUCUACCACACGUUUGUGGCUCUCUGCUACCUGACGCCAAUUCUGGGCGCAUUGAUUGCUGACUCCUGGCUGGGAAAGUUCAAGACAAUUGUGUCGCUCUCCAUUGUCUACACCAUUGGACAGGCAGUCACUGCAGUGAGCUCAAUUACUGACCUCACAGACUUCAACCAUGAUGGAACCCCCGACAACCUUUCCGUGCAUGUGGCACUGUCCAUGAUUGGCCUGGCCCUGAUAGCUCUGGGAACUGGAGGGAUAAAGCCCUGUGUGUCUGCAUUUGGUGGAGAUCAGUUUGAAGAGGGCCAGGAAAAACAAAGAAACAGAUUCUUUUCCAUCUUUUAUUUGGCCAUUAAUGCUGGAAGCUUGCUUUCUACUAUCAUCACUCCAAUACUCAGAGUUCAACAGUGUGGAAUUCACAGUAAACAAGCUUGUUACCCACUGGCGUUUGGGGUUCCUGCAGCUCUCAUGGCUGUAUCUCUGAUUGUGUUCAUCGUUGGCAGUGGAAUGUACAAGAAGUUUCAGCCCCAGGGUAAUGUCAUGGCUAAAGUUGUCAAGUGCAUUGGCUUUGCCCUCAAAAAUAGGUUUAGGCACCGGAGUAAGGCGUUUCCCAAGAGGGAGCACUGGCUGGACUGGGCUAGAGAGAAAUACGACGAGCGGCUCAUCUCUCAAAUUAAGAUGGUUAUGAGGGUGAUGUUCCUGUACAUUCCACUCCCAAUGUUCUGGGCCCUGUUUGACCAGCAGGGCUCCAGGUGGACGCUGCAAGCAACAACUAUGAAUGGGAAAAUUGGACUUAUUGAAAUUCAGCCGGAUCAGAUGCAGACCGUGAACGCCAUCUUGAUCGUGAUCAUGGUCCCCAUCAUGGAUGCCGUGGUGUAUCCCCUGAUUGCAAAAUGUGGCUUCAAUUUCACCUCCUUGAAGAAGAUGACAGUUGGAAUGUUCCUGGCUUCCAUGGCUUUUGUGCUGGCGGCAGUUGUGCAGGUGGAAAUUGAUAAAACUCUCCCAGUCUUUCCCAAGCAAAACGAAGUCCAAGUUAAAGUAUUGAAUAUAGGAAACGGUAACAUGACUGUAUUUUUUCCUGGAAAGGAGGUGAUACAUCCCCAAAUGACUCAAACAAAUGAAUCUAUAACUUUUGAUGGAGACAAACUGAUAAAUAUAAACAUUUCUUCUCCUGGAUCACCAGUCACUCCAGUGAUUUAUAAUUUUGAGCAGGGCCAUCGCCAUACCAUUCUAGUGUGGGCCCCCAAUCAUUACCAAGUGGUAAAGGAUGGCCUUAACCAGAAGCCAGAAAAAGGAGAAAAUGGAAUCAGAUUUGUAAAUAGUUUUAAUGAGAGCUUCAACAUCACAAUGGGCGAGAAAGUUUAUGUGAAUGUGACCAGUCACAAUGCCAGCGAGUAUCAGUUUUUUUCUUCCGGCGUAAAACACUUUAAAAUAAGCUCAACACAACAGAUCCCACAAGACUGUGUAAAUGAUUUCCAAUCCAGCCUUGAGUUUGGUAGUGCAUUCACCUAUGUAAUCGGAAAGAAGGAUACUGGCUGCCCUGAAUUGCACACGUUUGAAGAUAUUCCACCGAACACAGUUAACAUGGCUCUGCAGAUCCCGCAGUAUUUCCUCCUCACCUGCGGAGAGGUGGUUUUCUCUAUCACGGGACUGGAGUUCUCAUAUUCUCAGGCCCCCUCCAACAUGAAGUCGGUGCUUCAAGCAGGAUGGCUGUUGACGGUGGCCAUUGGCAACAUCAUCGUGCUUAUAAUAGCAGGAGCAGGCCAGAUCAGCGAACAGUGGGCUGAGUACAUUCUAUUUGCGGCAUUGCUCCUGGCUGUCUGCGUAAUAUUUGCCAUCAUGGCCCGAUUCUAUACUUACAUCAAUCCAGCGGAGAUUGAAGCUCAGUUUGAUAAUGAGGAUGAGAAAAAGAACCUGGAAAAGAUGCAUAUACAUUCCACGACGGCUCCUGUCUCGCAGACCCAGAUGUGAAUGUCAGGAAGCAAGUGGAGGACGGACUGGGUCCAGAAUGUGCCCUUACUUCUGUCCCCUGGUUGCAGGACAUUCUGAUGGGGAAGACUUCAGAAUUGUGAACCAAGAAAGCUCUUUUCCAAGCAGCCAGCAAUGAACCUAAAACUCUGGAAGAAGUCCUUUCCUUUUAAGAAAAGUCAUAUUUAAAGCAUGGAGAUACAUACACACACAUACACCCUUGUUUCUACAAUGAUGAAUACACACCCUGCCUUUAACUCCUUUUCUGCCACAUAAAUGAAGUUAUUUUGGACUAACUAGUCAUUUUUUGAAGGGGUGGCAAAGUUCCAUAUUGUUUGCAUUUUAACCCUCUUUGAAAACACCGUUAAAUGAGGCAGGAGCCGAUGUGAAAAGUGAAUUUACAUGCUUUAGAAUGGCAUGUAAUAAUAAGCACCAGCUCGUAUUAACUGAUAACAUUACCUUUUGUUUUUUUGUUUUAUUUUUUCCAUUCCUUAGCUCUUUUUAAAUUUUGUAUGACUCAAAAGACCACUCAGGUAAAGGCCAGUAAUGAUUUUUGGAGUUUCAAGUAUGAAAUACAUUCCUGUUCUUAAGAAUAAGUGUCAGUGUGUUUUGGGGGUAGGAUAAGAAAUCCUUAACCUGUGUCCCGAUUCUAAAAGUUGUGUAUGCUCAAUAAAAUGUCAUCAGGAGUUGAUAAAAGUAUGAACAAAAGCAAUGGCCACAUACAAUAAAUUCCAGGAACAUGAAA